AUGGCGGAAAAUGGGAAUAAGAAAAUUGUGGUGGCCGGCGUCUGUGCUAUGCUACUGGUGGCAAUGGUAGUGGCUUUGACCAUCGGAGUCAAGAAAGACGAUACGGAUAGUAGUGACAGUUCACAGGGGGGGAUUACUACUACUGCCAAGGCAAUUCAAAGCAUCUGUCAACCCACUGAUUACAAAGAAGCUUGCCAGGAUAGCUUAUCUUCUGCCAAUUCUACUGACAUGAAAGAUUUGAUUCGUUUGGCUUUUCAAUCAGCUAAGAAAAGGAUUUUGGAAGCUUCUAGCAACUCCUCUGUUCUUCACGAGCUCGAGAAGGAUCCCAGGGCUAAGGAAGCUCUCGACAACUGCCGCACUCUGGGAGAGACUGCAGCUGAUGAUAUCGAGAAAUCCUUUAACGAAAUGGGUGAACUCGACUUAACCCAGGUUGAUGACAUGGUUGAUAAUUUGAAGACAUGGCUUAGUGGAGCCAUGACUUACCAAGAAACUUGCCUAGACGGGUUUGAAAACACAACCAGUGAUGCAGGAGAGAAGAUGAAACAAUAUUUGAAACUUAGUAUGGAGCUAACAAACAAUGGACUCGCCAUAAUAACUGAACUCUCCAAGGCAUUCUCCUCUCUUGAUGUGAAUGAAGGCUCUUCUCCCAAAACCUCUCCCCAACGUCGACUAUUCUCCGAGGACGAUGAGAAUCACGUUGAACAAGGAGAAGACGGUGAGUUUCCUCAUUGGGUCCAGCCAGGAGCAAGGAGACUUGUAAAACAAAAAGGGAGGCUUAUCAAGACUAAUCUAAUUGUGGCUAAAGAUGGGAGCGGAAACUUCACUACUAUUAACGAAGCGUUGUUGACCAUUCCUAGGAAUGCGAAAAAGACAUUUGUCCUUCAUAUUAAGGAGGGUAUCUACGAAGAGAAAGUUCAGGUUGAUAGGAACUUAACUUAUUUGAUGAUGUUUGGUGAUGGACCAAACAAGACAAGGAUCACUGGUAGCCAGAAUUUCAUUGAUGGGACAACCACUUUCCACACAGCAACCGUUGCGAUUCUUGGUUCCAACUUCAUAGGUAAGGACAUUGGAUUUGAGAACUCUGCCGGGGCAGAGAAGCACCAGGCUGUGGCAUUACGAGUUGGGUCUGACCUGUCAAUCUUCUACGGCUGCCACAUGGAUGGUUACCAGGACACUCUCUACGCACACACAUAUCGUCAAUUUUAUAGAGAUUGCGUCAUCUCGGGAACCAUCGACUUCAUCUUUGGGGACAGUGCCUCACUUUUCCAGAACUGCACCUUGCUGGUUCGGAAACCCUUGGACAACCAGGCCAACAUUGUCACUGCUCAGGGACGAAAAAUCGCUCGGCAGCCCACGGGCAUUGUCCUACAAAACUGCCACUUUGUCUCUGAUCCAGCCUAUUACCCUGUUCGGAAUAAGAUUCUGACUUAUCUUGCCAGGCCCUGGAAAGAAUAUUCUAGGACUAUCAUAAUGGAGUCAUUACUCGAUGACUUGAUCACAUCUGAUGGGUUCAUGCCGUGGGAGAGCACAGGAACAUUCGGCCAGGACACGUGUUACUAUGCCGAGUAUAAUAAUAAAGGUCCGGGUUCCUCAAAAACGAAAAGAGUAAAGUGGAAAGGAAUUAAAGAGCUCAAUAGAAGCACAGUCAGGCAAUUUACUGCCAACCGUUUCUUGGGUGGGGAUAGAUGGGUACGACCAAGACGUGUCCCUAAGAGUUCAUAUUCUGCUGAACCUAAAUUUAUCCCUUACAGUUCAGGAUUUAUAUACUCAACUCCUGACGAGGAGGAGGCAGACUCGUCAGGUAAAACUGCAAGCGUUAACCCUGUGCCUAUAACAGGAUUUGUAUACUCUCCUCCUGAAGUGGAUGCUAAAGAGGAUGAUGAUGAUGACCCAACAGUAGUUGCUACUCCAGUUGAAAAAGGGCCUCCCCCAACUCCUAGCGUUAGCCCGAGCUCAAGUACGACACCACCAACUUCACAAGAUGCAAGUUCCGGAGCUCCUAGCAUUAGUCCCGUCUCAAAUUCGCCAACACCUUCUUCACAGAAAGGAAGCUCCUCACAAGCUCCUAGCGUUAGCCCGGAUUCCUCAAGUUUGGCACCAAAUUCACAGAAAGGAACUUCUCAAACUCCUAGCAUUAGUCCCGGAAUCUCCUCUGGGAGUCCAACCCCCAAUCCAACACUAGCACCACAAUCCUAAACAUCUUAGUAGACGGUUUUUUUAAUUACUUUAGAUAAAAUUAUGUUCCUCCCCCUCAAUUAUUAUUCAUGAUUUAUAGAAUAUAUAAAUAUAUAGUAUAGUGCCAUAAUUCAUUUGUAGACAAGGCAAACUUUUCUGUUAGUGCUGCCCACAUCAUGGAACAACAUAUAGAUUAAGUCUGUCUUCAUCA